UCGAAGAGAGAGACCUGAAAAGGUUUAGGUCAACGCAGGAGACAACAAGCAACUUUGACGCCAGGUCACAUAUAUUUUAUAUGUAAUUUUAUACUUUGGAUUUUAAGACAGACCUGGAUGUCUACAAGUUAUUUGGCGCACUUUAACCUCGAACUUGGUGCAUUUUAAGCCAACUCCAGAAGGCUAUGAACUUCGGUCUCAAAUAGAAGCACUAGCCAAACGAACUUAUUUCAAGGACAUCAGGAAGUGUGCGUUCUCUUCUACCGCGCGCUGCUCCGUGUGAUGGAAGUUCAUGAAUUUUGUGGGACUAUUUCAUUAUGCGCUCUUUUCUCGCGUCCGUUUGUGAUGUGAUAGCGGCGGACACCGGAGACAGCUCGGGAACUACCUGACCUCUUUAUACCGGAAAACAAGACAGCAGCUAAUGACACAGACCUCGCUUUUGUCGCCAUCGCUGAUCUGGCAGUAUUAACAGGGUUGUGAGGUUUUUAAAUGCACGCUAAAUUUACAUAUUCCUUUUAUUAUUUUGACGCAUACACUUGUUACGCAUGAUUCCCUGAAGUUCGAAUGAUUUUUUUUUUGUGGCCGGUAUUAGUAUGAUGACGGAUUUACAGGAUCUCUUUUAUAAAAGGGUCUGAUUGAACUGAAGCUUAUGUUGUUUCCUUUUCUGCUGGAAGCCGCGUCCUGAAAGAGUGGUGAUACAGACGGUUGGAUACAGCCAGCAGUCAGACCCGGCCAAUAUGGCUAAUGCCCGACUGCACGUCCUCCAGGAAUCGCAAUGCCACACUCCAUUUUAAAGGAGCAUAUCCCAGCGCUCUCCGCCCCUAAUGCCCGGUCUUUCACCGCUUCAGUGUGGCUCCGCGUCCCGGUCGCACGUCUAGGAUGAGCACGGAUCUAGAGCGUAUGUCGCUCAACUCCUCCUCGGCCAACUCGCUGGCCUCGAGCGCCCGCACACUGUCCGCCAACGUAAAGAAGCUGCACAACGCGCUCAACCUGCUGCUUAACGACUUCGAGCGCGAGCAGUUCAUCCACUGCCUCAAUGUCUACCACUCCAAGCGGAAUGUCUACGAUCUGGUUCAAACCCUCAAAGUCAUUCUCAACGCGCCGAGCAAACGCCAACUCUUGCCCAUGCUUCGUCUGGUCAUACCUCGGUCCGACCAGCUGUUGUUUGACCAGUAUACCUCCGAGGGUCUCUACUUAAAAUCGGAUUUAGCUGCCAGUAAUGGGAGCCAGGAAACAGACGGAGACCUACACAGUGGGAGUCCCGUUCCCGGCGGGCCGUUUCCGCCCAAUCCCCCGGAGUCUCAAGUUGCGCUCCGCGGGUCUCCUGAUAGUUUCAGCACCAGCAGUGACGGGACAGCUCCGCUUGUCCCGUUGCUCGGGAGAGACUUUCUGCACGAGCCUCCCGGUGAGCUCCGGCAGGUUACCAUGAAACGCCACAAAAGCAACGAGGGCUUGGGUUUCAGUAUCCGCGGGGGCUCCGAGCAUGGGGUCGGGAUAUAUGUGUCCCUCGUGGAGCCUGGGUCACUGGCAGAGAAGGAAGGACUGAGGAUUGGGGAUCAAAUCAUGAAAGUCAACGACAAAGUGUUCGACAAAGUCACACAUGCCGAAGCAGUAAAGGUGUGUUUGUGUGUUUGUGUGUCUUUCUACGUGUAUAUAUGAACGUGAACGUUCCCACACUGUGUGUGUAUGUGUCUGCGCAUGGUCAGCUCCUGAC